AUGGAUGCCGAAAUAUGUAGGAACUUCCUUUUAGUGACGACAAAUUUUCCCGAUAAAUUGGACAAUGACGGAAAGUAUUAUUUUAAAGAUGAUCAACAUUUCAAACAGUAUUGUAGUAAUCAAAAUUGUGUCAAUGAGCUCGAAAAAGUUAAUGCUGGAUGUUUAUAUUUGUUAUAUACAUUCUUUGGGAGUUCUGAUUUGUUUAAAUCUGUUGCAAAUAGUAACAUCAAUAUUGUUGAAUACAUUAUUAUAUGGUUAAGUUAUAUGUUAAACCUAAAGGAACAAUCAGGAUCGAUGACGAAUCUAGAAUAUUUUAAUAAAACAUACAUAAAUAGUAAUGAAAAGUAUACAAAUUCUAUAACAGGUGUUACGGAGUAUAGUAGUUAUAAGGAUCUUAUAUAUAAAAAGCACGAUUUGACAAAAGUGGAUAUUAAAGAUAUAUCUGAAUUUUAUGAUGCAUUUAUAUUAUUAUGUGAAAUGUAUACUGGAUUUGAUACAAACACCUCAAAUUGCACAACAUGCUCGGAAAAAGCUAAUAAAUUUGUUAAAAAAUGUAAAGAUCUUAUUGAAAACUAUAAUAAUAAUAAUAAUAAAAAAAGCAGUUCUUACAAUAAAAUAUUGUCUACUUUAUCAACUGAUUAUGAUAAUUUUAAAAUUUAUUGUAAUAGCAAAGGUGCUGAUUGUGAAGAUUAUCCACUCUUUCCUGAGAUAAAAACAACACAACUUCCUGUACAAAAUUCUGAAAAUAAUUCUGAACAAUUUUAUGGACAUAUUUCUGAAGAUACAUCAUCAAGCUCGCCGAUAGCAAACAAAUUAUUUAUAGUUUUAUCGGCAUUUGGUGCAAUAGCAUUUUUUUUAGGAAUUUCUUAUAAGUAUUCGUUAUUUGGGUUUCGAAAACGAUCUCAAAAACAACAUUUAAGAGGAAAGUUAAAAAAAUAA